AUGCCCUCUGAAACCUUCCCCUUGAUGGGAAAUAACGAGUCGCCAGCGGUUUCCUUUCGCAACCGGGUCAUGACCACGUUCAAAUUGACGCUCAAAUCUCUGCCGGUCAACUAUCUCUUGGUGUUUGUUCCGUUGGGCUUGCUCGCCGGGAUACUAGACUGGGGCUCGUCAGCCAUUUUCUGGCUCAAUUUUUUUGCCAUUGUGCCAUUGGCUUCGUUGCUCGCAUUUGCGACGGAAGAGUUGGCGGAAUUUACCGGCGAAACCAUUGGUGGGUUGUUGAAUGCCACUUUGGGAAACGCCGUCGAGCUCAUUGUGUCGAUUAUUGCCCUCAAAGAGGGCCAGAUUCGUAUUGUCCAGGCGCUGAUGCUUGGGUCUAUUCUCUCCAACUUGCUCUUGGUUUUGGGAUGCUGCUUUAUUGCUGGCGGAAUCACCCGGGUUCAACAGAUCUUCAACCAGACCGUGGCCCAGACCAUGCUGCUGUUGAUGGCAUUGGCUACCGCUGGACUUUUGAUUCCUGCUGCUUUCCACGCUACGCUUCCUCCACCAAAACCAGGCAACGAAUUUCCAGCUCCAGGCAGUUCCGAUGAGCUUAUUCUUUCGUUGUCUCGCGGAGUGUCCAUCAUCUUGUUGUUGUUGUACAUUCUCUAUUUGGUGUUCCAAUUGCGUACCCACAAGUCGCUUUUUGAAGAGCAAGCCCAAGAGGCCGACGACGGUAUUAUCGCUACUUCUUUACCAGGCGAGUCUUCUGGCGACAAAACUGAACCUGAACGCCUCACUCUCACUGGAGCGUUGGUUGUGCUUCUUACGUGCACGGUGAUCGUGUCGGUUUGUGCUGAUUACUUGGUGGGUUCCAUCGACAACAUUGUGGAGACUUCUGGAUUGUCCAAGACAUUUAUUGGUCUUAUUGUCAUUCCCAUCGUGGGAAAUGCUGCUGAACACGUUACUGCCAUCGUGGUGGCCAUGAAGGAUAAGAUGGACUUGGCCAUUGGUGUGGCUGUAGGCUCGUCGUUGCAAAUUGCAAUCUUUGUGACUCCAUUCAUGGUUUUGAUUGGAUGGGCCAUCGAUGUUCCUAUGUCUCUUUACUUUUCUACGUUUGAAACUGCAAUUCUUUUCGUUUCGGUAUUCAUCUCCAAUUUGGUGAUUCUCGAUGGUGAACUGAACUGGCUUGAGGGUGCUAUGUUGUUGAGUACGUACUUGAUUGUGGCAUUGGCGUUCUUCUACUACCCCGACACGGUGAUUACCUAG